UUUCGAGGAGAAGUUGGAAAAGAAAGAUUUCGAGGAGAAGUUGGAAAAGAAAGACUAAGACAUGUUACUGCUGUUUCUGAGUAAGUUCCAACUUUUGUUUUUACUAUAACGGAACAAAACCUUCAAUGAUAGUCGACCCUGCGCCAAAAUGAUAACGUUAGUCGACCCUGCAUCAAUGCAUUCAAUGCAUAUUCAUUUCAACUUAUUUAGUAUGAGUAUAGUAUUUAUCUAUACUGAUGCCUAGUCACUUUACCCUGCUUUUAUGUACAUACAGUAUCUACCUCAAAGACCUUGUACCCCUGCAUCAAUGAUCUGUUACUCUUACUCCCAAUAUAUCGCUUAAUUCUUGUGUAAAAUAGGUAAAGAAGCAUGGGCAAUCAUGUCUGCCUCGGGUAUCUGGUGGCGGUUGGGUGCUUUUCUUAUGGGUUCACUCCAAUGUGUUUUGAGUUAACUGCGGUCAGAGUGGGAGAGUCAGCACAAUCCCUGUACCCUGUCAUUAUAUGUGCCAGUAAAUGAGUGAGUGUCUCACCAUAAGUGGGCUGGAGUUACUCAAUAUACAGGGAAAGGGGAUUACCGUUCCAACUCAAUUUAGGGCCUUAGCCUCUUAUAGUGAAUAACAUUGUAUUACGUAAACUGAAUAAUCAAAAUGUAGUCACCGAUUAAUGAAUUCUUACUAAAAUGGUAAUUAGCGUGACAAAAUGUUCACUGAAUGAUUUACCAAUAUCGUGGUCGUUGCAGAAAUUGGUAGAAAGGAAACCAGUUUAUUCUGUGUUCCAAGCAUCCAUGCAUGCCCUAGAGGCAAACUGCGAUUACAGGAAAGGACAGGAAAAUCACACCCUCCUGUUAGGGACUAGGGAUGGUUUACAGAAAUGGAUUGAUUCCAGCCUCGGCAUGUCAACAAAAUGAUGCUUACCAGGCAGGAUGCGCCUUCUAGAGCAAAGAGUGUCUCUGAAUUGACCGUUGUGUAUAUAGCUGAAUCUGCAGCUUGGUUGAGUUAUUACUGGCCUGUGCUGUGUGCUCAUCAAACUACAGUGUCAUUGUGCUUCUUUUUUUUUUACUGUUACAAACUAUCUUUCUAUUUGUGCAACUAAACUAAUCAUUACCCUCCUGAGCAAAAGCUUACAUCAUGAAAAAUACAAGUUUUUAAACUUAAAUCAGUUUUUUCACGUUCAGUAAUGUGCAUAAUUACUAGAGCGAUUCACCUUGAUAUUUAAGUUAUUGUGAAAGUGGCAGUCAUUAAACAUGGCAAUUUAGUAGCAAGUAGUUAAGUCUUUAAGUGUUCGUUUUAUAUGUCUGCACCAGAGACCAAGGAGAAAAUUACAGGCUUUGAGUUUUUUUGUUUCUUUCUUUGUUUCUUUAGUUUUUUCUCUGUGUACAGACUCGUUUAUACCCUUCAGCGCUGCUCACACCACACUUUUUCAGUAGGCUCUAGCAUGCCAGUACGGUGGCACACUCACAACCAACAUUGGACUAUUAUGAGCUCAUGGACUUGCAUAAACAUGUUGAUCAUAGAGAUGAGGCACACUGCCUCUUCUAGAUGGUUAUAUCAUGAGAAAUACCAGCAUCAAAAGUUCAAUGACAUCACCAAACAAGAAAUAGUCAUUUUAAUCCUAGGAGAACCUUUGAAAUAAAUGUUAUUUCAAUGCGCCAAGAGACAAGCAACUAAUCACAUAGGGAGUAAGUUUACUGACAGUAUAUUAGUAAAAACAGCAGUCGAUGUGAAACCAUGACAAGACUGCAUUGGAAUGUAUGAGAGGAGAUGAGCAAGCAUUUCAUGGUAAAGUCUACACCAGUUGUAUUCGGCGCAUGUGGCAUUUACAUUUUAGUCACUUAGCAGAUGCUCUUAUCCAGAGCAACUUACAGGAGCAAUUAGGGUUAAGUGCCUUGCUUAAUGGCAUAUUGACAGAUGUUUCACCUAGUGGGCUCGGGGAUUUGAACCAGCGACCUUUCGGUUACUGGCCCAACGCUCUUAACCACUUGAUUUGAUGAGUCUCUCCCUGAGUCUUAUCACUUUUCCUCAUGUGAGGGGCGUCUGUCAUAUCAGCAGAUGAUCAACAAAACACCUGGGCUCUACUGUCUCUGAAAACCUCACAACUACCCCUUAAAAACAGCAUAGGCCUACUCAAAACCAUUAGGAUAACUUUACUUUCCAUUUUUAUGGUGUUAAUUUAACCAAAACAUAAGCUAAACCUCUAGGAUUGAACGAGAAUAGCUAACCUAACAUUGGUGUAUGAAAUACGAUAGGCAUCUAUGAUCUAAGUAAUAGUCACCCAGCUGUAGCUGUGGCAGUGGGCACUUUGACUGGUGAAGGCUGGCUGGCUGUGUUUACCCCCAGGACUUUGGCCUUGACAGAGUUUAGCAGGGGAAUGAAUGGAGCCUCUGUGUUGCUGCCUGGGCUGUAUGAUUCUCUCCGCAGCUGGCCCUUAGGUAAACAGCAGAUGUAAUAGCGCUUAGUGAAAAUCUGGGUUAGAAAUAGUAGACUUGCUACAGUAAUGUAUAUACUUCUCCCUGUUUUAUUCUUACCCAUUCUUCUUGUUUUUCUCUUGACCUAUUUUUCUCUCUUCCUCCACCCAGUUGUCUCAUUGACGCAGCUGUUAUACCAGUCAGCCUUAACUACUGUAUAAGCUAUCCGUUCACAACAACAGUGCAGUGACCACAACUCUGGGGUCAGCUCAGGUCCAACCCUGCCAGACGGAUAUUUAUGGUUCCUAUGAUGACAAUUGCAUUUUCUGUUAUUUGUUUCAGUUUCUGCUGUCUUCUUCAUGCCCAGUGGUAAGUCCUCAUAAAAUAGAAGCUUUAUUGUAUUACUCAUUUUUAUGCAUGUAUUUGCUGUGUACAUUUUGUUUAAGUGUGUGAUUUCUGGGGUUUGGGGUGUCUUCCAUGAGCUUGUUGAGAAAUGUUGUUUUCCUAUUGUGUUUUUUGCUACAUUUUAAAAUAAGUCCUGUGUGUGUUGCAUUAGCAUUGGGCCAGAGCAGCAGUAGUCUAGGUGUGGUGGUGGAGGCCCGCAACAUCACCCUCCCAGCCGGGACCCAGGCGGUACUGCCCUGCAACAGCCCCCGCAUGGUGUGGACCCGCGACCGGCUGAAGGACCGCCAGAGGGUGGUCCACUGGGACCUGGUCCGAAGCAUACCAGAGUACUCUGUGGAGAGGAUACUGGACAUGUCCCCCGGCGUCAAAGAGAGAGUCUACAAUGGGUUCAACAAGGGCCGCAUAACCAUCCCCAAAACCGCCUUCACUGACGGGAACUUCUCCCUCGUCAUCAACAGUGAGUUGGGCCUGUAGUCUACUGUAUGCUCAUGACUGUAAAUGCUCCAUAAAAGAUUAUGGCAUUUCACACUGGACCACAUUAAUAUUGCACUCAUUCCUAUAAAUCUAGAAAAUGUAAUGUAAUUGGAAUAUGUGUUAUGCCAGAUGUGGGAGCAGCUGACCGAGGUGUUUAUAGUUGUAACCUGCACCACCACUACUGCCAGCUGCACCAGUCCAUCAAGAUACAACUCAACACCACCAAGUCAGGUGACUAUCCACAAUAUGUAUCUGAAUUAUGAUGAUUUGAAUAGUCUUCCAUACAGUAUCUAUAAUGCUUAAAUCAAUAAUGCUAUUCAACCUGUUCCAUCUCAGCCCGUAAGGAGAAGCGGUACUGGGAUGGUGACAAGACAGUGUUUGUGGUGUUGCUGGGGAGCUCAGUGGUGUUGCCGUGUGUGAACCGGCGGCCCCUGUGGACGGAGGGCCUGCAGGAGGACCAGCAGCAGGUAGCCCACUGGGACUGGCAGCCCCCUGGGGUGAGACCUGAUUUGGCUGACCGCCUGGUGGACCUGUACGCCUCCGGAGAGCGCAGACAGUACGGACCACUCUUCCCCGUGGACAAGAUGAGUGUUUCUGAGGAUGCCUUCUCUGUAGGGGACUUCUCUCUGACCAUCGCUAACCUGCAGCCCAUCGACAAGGGCCUGUACUCCUGCCACCUGCACCACCACUACUGUGGACUGCACGAGAGACGCAUCUUCAGGCUCAUGGUGGGGCCUCCACUGCCCCCACCUCCUCCGGUCCUCACUGCUGCUCCUGCUGCCCCAGCUGUCCCCCACGCACUCCCUAAUGACGACCCAAGUAAGACACUCAACAUAUCCCUAUCUCUUAGGAUUUGUUCUCUGAUUGAAAGUGUGAACCUUUUAAAAACGUUAUUACAACAUGGCAGUCAUAGUUAGAAUAAAGCUACCUGUGUUUUUGUUCUUUGAAAUCACUUUCUCUUUUCAACUAUAAAUCCUUCUAUCUUCUCUCUAUCAUCUCUUUCACAUCUUCCCUGAGCUUCGUUUUCCCUAAUCUGAUUGGUGUGUGUCUGCCUGUCUUUUCAGAUGCCUGUGUGUAACUGGGGUAUAUUUAUGGGUCAUAUUUAUAGGCAUUUUUGGUCAGUUAUGUCAGUGCAUCUUUGUGCCAGGUCUCUCCUCAAACAUUUUCUCUGUCCGCACAAGAGGAAGGGGGAGAGAGAAAGAGGGAAUGAAGGAGUUGGCGAAAAAGGCAACAAAAGAAACAGAUGGAGAAAAAGGGAGUGAGGAAAAAAAGAAUGAAAGAAUGCAUUUGGCCGCAGAUGAACCGACAGAGAGCGGGAGAGAGAGCAUUGAGAGUUCUGGAGUGUGGAGAAAGGGAAUGGGUUUUGUUUGGGGAAUCUCACUGAUGUUGGACUGCAGGCAGCCUGUCUGAAAGUCUGUCUGAAAGGCCACUAAUUGGCCAUAACGGAAGUGCUCUCAUUUUCAUUGGAGACCUUUUUCAUUUUUCUGUAUUUUAGCAAAUGGCUUAGUUUACAGGAGGAGCCAUUAUAGCUCAACAGAGUCAGACAGGGGUACUGAAGCCAGACUCCAGGGGAAGGAGGGAGCAUGGUGAGGCUUUGACCUGGUGAAUUUUAGUUUCAUUAUCUCUCUACAGUAACCUAUCAACAGAACAGUCUCUCUCCAUCACUAGUCUGUUUCUCUCCUUCUCUCUGGCCCUCUGGUUGUGGCGUGUUCAUCAGCUGCAGAAGGAAGUGUGCUACAUCUGUUCAGCACCUGGUGCAGCUGGGACAUGAAAGGGAACAGUGGGGGUGGUGUUGGCAGGGGUUGGUUCUGUGUUAGAUUUGGAUCCUCCUUCGCCCUUUUAAGAUAGGUUGAUCCGUUUAACAGCAUUGUAAAGUAUGCAGGGAAGAAAUUCACGUGGAUCAAUGCAGACAUGUCUUGAGUUCUUUCGUUUGAUCUUUACUUUUUGACUUCAGCUUUCUUCUACUUAGUUGUGCUCUUUCUUUUGUUAAAUCCAGCCAACUCUUAUCUGCAUUCUCUACAAUUGCAACAGCCAUUACCCCACUUGUUUGUUACACUGUAAUCAUUUAUGGCAAGCUAAAGUAGAGCUCAGUAUUGUUGUGACCACUGGAACCUGGAUAAGUCAGAAACUGCAUUUAGAAUAGAAAAUAACCGAAAAUGCUGUCAGUGUCGGCUUCCUUCAGCACAUUGGCUUGCUAAUUAACCACACUCUUUCAACAAGACUAAAACCACUCACUGUGUGACCUCUGCACGGCACAUGUCACAUUGUGUUUCUGCGUGUAAGUUAUUGUCUGAUCUGUUAGGGGAAUGGAAACAGGCAUCAGCUGAGACACGGAGAGAGAACUGAGGCAAGACUAAUUGUUCUCCAGAGAUAGUUGACUUUGACCAUGACACUGCGGUUUCAUGCAUAUUAGGAACAUUCAAAACAGACAAGAGAUAAUUAGCAACUGUUAAAUUAGAUGAAUUCACUACAAUUUGUUCUGUAAGACUGGUGCCGUUUGCAAGAUCCACCCAGGGAUGGUAUCUGUCCUCAGCUCAUUUCUUUUUUUAAGCCUGCUUCAAGCUAGUACCUAUCCUCAGACUAAUUUAAUCAGUCAUGCGUCAUAACAUAUCUGCGGUUGGACCAAGGACAACAGAUUUAAACUAAACAAAUGCCUCUAGGUGAUGGAAAGCGAAAGUAUUUUAGUGUCAUCAGCCUUCCCAGGCUUGGUUAAUACAGGUCUCCACCAUCAUUAUCCCUAAUGACUAUCAUUUCUGUUCUCACCCCAGCAGGUGAGAGAGACCUGUGUAAAGGUUAGAUAACAGUGGCAAGCUGAUUAAGGGUUAUGGUGCAGUAACUGUAAUUGUGUAAUGGAAAGGUAUGGUACAUAUUAUUUUGUGCAAAGGGUUUGAGCAGAUCCUAGCCAGUGGAAGAAACACCUCAGUGAGGGAAGUAACAAUUUUAAAUGCCAAUUUGUAAUAGCUAUUUUUGUUGAUUAAAUCACAUGGUUUUCACAGUUAGCAAAUCCCGUUCUCCCCCGUCUCUCUGUUAUUUUAGUUAAUGAAUUGUCUGAAACCUGGCAGAAGUGGUGUUUGUGUUGCACAGAGCAUGACUGUGAGGUGAGUGUUGUCAAAUGUCUGCUUACACUGACCUGUCAGACUUGUGGAGUUUCAGGGACUGAGAGAGAUAGCAACAGCUAGGGUUUCUUUUUCAUACUUUGCAAAAAGUUGUCUGUGUUUAUGAGAAAAGGUAAAUAUCUGGAAAAUUUAUUCAGACAGGCUGACCACUCAUAACAGAAUUCCUCCCCUCCCUCCUUCCUUUCCUCCCUCUCCUCUUUCUUGGUUAAUCUGUAUUUCUCUUUUAAGGUAUGGAAGUCAUUACAGCUGAACCACUCCAACUCUUCCUUUCCUCACGCUCUCUGAAAUAAAUUAAAACCAGCCUAAAAAUAGUGGCACGAUUGUUUUUCAAUGAUGCAGAAAAACAUAAAAUUGUAAAUGUCCUUCAAAAUGCAUUAUCAAUGAGUGUUCAAAACAUUAAGGACACCUGCUCUUUCAAUGACAGACUGACCAGGUGAAAGCUAUGAUCCCUUAUUGAUGUCACCUGUUAAAUCCACUUAAAUCAGUGUAGAUGAAGGGGAGGAGACAGAUUAAAGAAGGAUUUUUAAGCCUUGAGACAACAACUCAAUAUUAGGAAGGUGUUCUUAAUGUUUUGUACACUCAGUAUAUAACCAAUACAUACUGUAUAAUGAUUUGAACUAUCAUUAAGAUAAAUCAUUUGAUUUAUAUUUUAAUUUCACUCAGCAUGGGUAAAACAAAAUGUGACUAAGAUAAUGUUCAACCACCAGCCUGUGUUUAUAACGCAAUGAGUGUUAUUAGUGGACCAGUGAACCCACAGAGUGUUGUCCUUACACCUUCAGGCCACAACGUGGUUGAACUUGAGAGGCCACGAGUAGUCAACGUCAUCCUCCCUGAGCACCGAGGGCACUUCUUCCAGCAGCUGGGUUACAUCCUGGCUACCUUCUUCCUCCUAGCCUUCAUCGUCACAAUAGUAAUUGUGCUUACCCGACGAUGCAGAAAGAGAGGUAGCGUGUGUGGGUGUCUUCUACUCUGCAUGUCUCUUUAUCACACACAGGCACAGACACACUUUAAAUGUCCUCAAUUUCCACACUUUAUAUUUGCAUGAAUGUCCUCAAUUUCCACACUUUAUAUUUGUAUAAAUGUCCUUGAUUUCAUAUUUAAAUUGGUUGAAUGGCUGUGUGUGAUCUGUUAAAGGUGUGUUAAUCUUGUUUUAGGGCUGGAGUAUGACCUGCGAAGAUCUAAACGGUGAGAACCGAUUUAGUAAAGUGGUCUGCGGUCACACUUGAUAAUGGGAAUGUUACUCAUUUUAAGGAGGACCUGAACACUCACUGAACUUUUACGACUAACCACCUCCCUCUCUUACUGGUAAACAGGAGGGGUCAUGUGACUGGCCAUGAGGACAUUGCAUUGGACGCCACAGAGCUGAAGGUCUGCAACCAGGAACACCUGAAUUCAGGUAAGGCUCCCAUGCUGCUGUAGGCCCUACCUCAUAUAGACAAUAGGGUUUGAACAGGGUGACUCAUAUCAAUAAUGGCUGUCGCUGCACAGAGUUCAUACCGUACAUCAUGACAUGUCAAAUAGAAGAACAACACUUUUGCAUUUCUAUCCUUAGACUACAAAAACAACCUACUGAAAGAGAGAGAUCUGUCCAAAGACUGCAAUAAAGGUAAGUGUAUGUGACAUUAUGGAUUCCAAACAACAAUUUCAUGCCUAAUUGAAUGUUUUUUGUUUGUUGCUAAUGUCACUUCUCAUUUCUUUCCUAUUAUUCUCUUCCCUCCUCCAUAUAUCUCUCUCUAGAAAUGGAUGGAAAGUUGUGGAAGUGAGACAGAAAGAGCUGAUAUGCUGCUGGCGGGUCCAGUGCAGACAUACAGGAUAAGGAAGUAAAGGAUUAGAAUGGUGGAAUCCAAAGAGCAGGACAGGAGGGGCUCUUUCUCUUUUUAUAGACACCCCCUUACCAAACUCUCUUACCAAAACGUUUCUAUUGCUGCGUCAGUUAAUGUUUUUAUUUUAUAUUUUCAUAUUCGUAUAGUCUGUAUUCUGAUCUGCUGUGAUUUCAACAUGGCUAAAUAUGUCUUCAAUUUUGUAUUGUAUUACACAGAUAUUUGAUGUCAAGUAUUUUAUAUAACAAAAACACAGUGUACUGUACAACUUUACUUUUUGUAUGUAAGAAAACACUUUCUAUCACUGUAUUCCUUUAAUUCACUCUUCAAGUUUUUCAUUUUCAGAAUGCAUGUUGUCUUUUAAUGUGUGUGGGAAAACUGUCAUGUUCCAUUUCUGAUUUCAGAGCUCAGCAAGCUCAACUCGUUGAGUAUGUUUAUUGAAAUAUUUGCACAAACCUUGCUGUAAUUUACUGGUAACACGUUACAUUAAGCCAAUGUAUCCUGUCUGUAAAGGGUCAUAAGUAGUUUAUAGCCAGGCUGUUAAUUAUUCGUUUGUAGAUUGCUUAUAAAUUAGUAAUAAGCCGUUAUAAUAACUGUAUCCUUACCAAGUCCAUUUGUGAUUGAUAAUCAUGGACCACAAAGAAGGCUAUACAUGUAAUAGAACUCAGGAAAACAAGCCUUGAACAGAAUCCAGAUGUGUUUUUUAGGAAUGUAUGUUAGGAUGUGUCUGUUUGUAUGGGACUGAUUGUCUAUUUGUGUAAUGCAGGCUUGCAAUACACUGUAAAGUUUGGAGCUGCCAAGUUGACAAGCCAAAGAAUCUUGCAAUCAAGGUUAUCAGGAUCCCCUGUAGUAACGGGAACGAAGAGGACUAAGUACGUUUGUAGAAGAUGAUGAUGUCAUAUGUUUCAAUUACUGUAAUUGGAUAAAGGAGUCCUGACAGUUUUCAGUUUGGAUGCUUUACUUACAAGCAAGUUAUCUAUGCAGUAGCAUGCUGGUUCAUUAUCUUCCCUCUAAUAAAGAUGAAUAAAAAAACA